GAGGCGUCGAGGGCCAAUGCCUCGCGCUCCUCCUCCCCAGUCCGCGCGCGCCCUCGUUGCUCGUAGUUCCUCAGCUCGGAUUACUUCUUCCCUUCCCUCCCUCCCUCCUUGCCUGCCUUCGGUGCGCGCGUGAGGGGAGCGCGUUUGCGCGCGCCGUUUCUCCCCCUCGCCCCCCCCCGCGCUCUGUCAGUGUCUCGCGCUCCUCCAGUCUGUUGGAGGCUCCGUUAAACGGCGGUGGGUUCCUGUUUCCGUCUUUUCAUCACUCCCUCCCCCCGCCGCCGCCGCCGCUCCGUUUCCACCGCCGUCUCCCUCCGCCUCUUCUUCACAGCCGGCAACCUCAGGAGCGCCGGCGUUUGAGGAGCAGAGGUGACCAGGAACCCAGCCUGCGGGCGGGCGGCCGGGCAACACGGGCACCGAGGCGGACUAUAAAAACAAAACAUCUGUGACAUUACAACUUGGAUUGUGCAUCUUCAGUGAUAAUUGUUUUAAAGUUUUACUGUUGGAGAAAUGCUGUGAGAAGCACAAUGUGGUGAAUCAAAGACACAGAAACCUUGGAAUCUUUGUACUGAUUGAGGAGUUACAAUGUUUGCUUUGUGAACAAAAACUAUUUGGUAGUGGAUAGAACUUCUGAAAAUGCGGCCAUGGACUGGCUCCUGGCGUUGGAUUAUGCUCAUCCUUUUUGCUUGGGGGACCUUGCUGUUUUACAUAGGUGGACACUUAGUACGAGACAAUGAACACCCAGACCAUUCUAGUCGUGAACUAUCAAAGAUAUUAGCAAAACUUGAACGAUUAAAACAGCAAAAUGAAGACUUACGACGAAUGGCAGAGUCUCUCAGGAUACCAGAAGGUCCUAUUGAUCAGGGCCCUGCUGCAGGAAGAGUUCAUGCUUUAGAAGAACAGCUAAUAAAGGCCAAAGAACAGAUAGAAAACUAUAAGCAACAAACAGGAGAUGUGGGCUUAGGAAAAGAUCAUGAAAUAUUGAGGAGGCGGAUUGAAAAUGGAGCCAAGGAGCUUUGGUUUUUUCUCCAGAGCGAAUUGAAGAAACUUAAAAUAUUGGAAGGAAGUGAACUCCAAAGGCAUAUUGAUGAACUUGUAUCUGACUUGGGUAAUCAUGAAAGGUCAAUAAUGACAGAUUUGUACUACCUCAGUCAAACAGAUGGAGCAGGUGAUUGGCGAGAAAAAGAAGCCAAAGAUUUGACAGAGCUGGUACAGAGGAGAAUAACUUACCUUCAGAACCCUAAGGAUUGUAGUAAAGCCAAGAAACUAGUUUGUAAUAUCAACAAAGGCUGUGGUUAUGGUUGCCAACUUCAUCAUGUAGUCUACUGCUUCAUGAUUGCAUAUGGUACUCAAAGGACGCUAAUUUUGGAAUCUCAGAACUGGCGAUAUGCUACCGGAGGCUGGGAGACUGUUUUUAGGCCAGUGAGUGAGACAUGCACAGACAGAUCAGGAAGUACUACUGGGCACUGGUCAGGUGAGGCAAAUGAUAAAGAGGUUCAAGUAAUAGAGCUACCCAUAGUUGACAGUCUACACCCGCGACCUCCAUAUUUGCCAUUGGCUGUCCCAGAAGACUUGGCUGACAGGCUGAUUCGUGUCCAUGGGGAUCCUGCAGUGUGGUGGGUCUCACAGUUUGUCAAAUACCUGAUCCGUCCACAGCCUUGGUUAGAAAAGGAAAUAGAAGAAGCUACAAGGAAACUUGGCUUUAAACAUCCAGUUAUUGGUAUUCAUGUCCGAAGAACAGACAAAGUGGGAACUGAAGCAGCAUUUCAUCCCAUUGAAGAAUAUAUGGUACAUGUUGAAGAACGUUUCCAACUUCUCUCCCGCAGAAUGCAUAUUGAUAAAAAACGAGUCUAUUUGGCUACAGAUGAUCCUUCAUUAUUGCAAGAGGCAAAAUCCAAGUAUCCAAAUUAUGAGUUUAUUAGUGACAACUCCAUUUCGUGGUCAGCUGGUCUCCAUAAUCGGUACACAGAAAACUCUCUACGGGGUGUUAUUCUGGAUAUACACUUUUUGUCUCAGGCAGACUUCCUUGUCUGCACAUUUUCUUCACAGGUUUGUCGAGUUGCCUAUGAAAUCAUGCAGACAUUGCAUCCAGAUGCAUCAGCCUUUUUUCACUCUUUAGAUGAUAUCUAUUAUUUUGGGGGACAAAAUGCUCAUAACCAGAUUGCCAUUUAUGCUCAUCAUCCCCGAACUGCUGAUGAAAUUCCUAUGGAACCUGGAGAUAUAAUUGGUGUUGCUGGAAACCACUGGGAUGGUUACUCCAAAGGCGUCAAUAGAAAAUUAGGAAAAACAGGCUUAUACCCCUCCUACAAAGUAAAAGAGAAAAUUGAGACAGUCAAGUACCCCACAUAUCCAGAGGCUGACAAAUAAAGACAAGCAGGACAGCUCGCCGUAACACUCACUUUGAAGCUAUUUCAACCAACCAUACUGUUGGCUUUUGUGGGAUAUGAAUUUGCAUUUUAACGUACCGUUAAAAUGAAAGCCUUUUAUCAUUCGGACUGGUUAUACAGCUUGGAACAAUUCAACGGGCCAUGGUUUGGACUUCUUUUGUUACAUGCACUUGCACUCAUGCACACUGAUACACAUUCAACAGGGAACCUGUUGUUUUAUACUGUUUGUCUCUUUGAGGACAUGUCCCUCCCAUGAGUCAUAUAUGAGCCUUGGGCUCAGUUCUUUGCCAUUAAUAGACUAUAAUAAGACUUUUAACACUGCUGCAUUGUGUAAUUUGAGUGACAUGAGCAUAUUUUGUAUGUGCAGAAUUUAAAACAUGGUGCCUCUCUUUGAAAGAUCCAGUGACCUUUUGGAAGAGCCAUGCCUAGUUCUGUCAAUGGGUAAGAGUUGUACUUGCCUUUAACUGAUGAUGUUGUUAUGACCACUGAAUAUGCUCCAACCAACAGAUUCAAAACUCAGUCUAGACCUUUCUUUAUAGGAGUUUUGUUAGCAAUUUCAUUGAUUAGUUCAUCUCAUCAUUAAUAAAGAGUACAUCCAACAAUAAAAUAAUUGUCUGGUAGGAACUUUUGUAAAACAAUGCCAUGAACAGAUUAUUUGGUACUGUUGCUGGACAUUGUCUUUGAUAACAAAAAAUAAAUUCAAAAAAGAAGUAGCUGGAGUUAUACAAGUAAUUUGAUUUUAAAAUUUGGAAGAACCAACAAAGGUCUAUCUUUCCAGAUCCUUGAUCUCUUUAUUUGGAAAAUGAUCUGUGAUGAAAUUUGAUAACAUUUCAGAUUUUUUCUGGUGUUCUCAAUCAGCAGGAAACUGCCAGUCAAGACUGUUUAUUUCUUUCUUGACCAAGUGACAAGACUGCAGCCUGUUGGCCUCUGAAUAAUAAAAAAAAUUAAGUGAGUGCACAUGCACACAAACACUCUC